AUGAGUCUGAAUUGUGUCACUAUCUCUUUGAUCUAUGCAGUUCCGUCUUUGACAUUAUAUGCGGUUACUGUAGUGAUAAUUAUACUCCACUGGAAAAAUGUAAAAUCUUCUUUCUAUCAGUUCUAUAUUUUUGAAUUCAUCAUCAACACCAUCACGUUCGUAAAUGCAAUGUUUUCUGUUAAAAUGCCAACUGCGACCUGUGCUGAAUGUACCCUUCACAAAUAUUUCCAAGAACAAUCUGUUCCAUCAUUUAUGAGCCAAUUCCAAUUUGUCAUCCAAUUCAACAUGGCUUUUGUACAAUAUGGAUUGACUACAACAGUAGCAAUAAAUCGAAUGUCGAUUGUAUUGUACCCCAAAUUUUUUGAACAGUUAUGGAGACGACAUGGUUGGGUUGUAAUGGGGGUGAUAUUUAUAGUUCCAUUUUUUGUAACCUAUCAUAUUUUUCUGUAUGAUACCUACUUUCAAUACAACGCAGUGGCUGACAAAUUUUCUUUGGCAAGUAAAUAUAACAUCAAGGAUAUAUUUACCACCUUGAGCUGUUUUAUGGUAUCAUGUACGGUCGUAACUAUGAUUAGCAAUUUUAUCAGUUACUUGAAAAUUCGAACAUUCCCGUUUAAACCAAAAAACCUAGAAUACAAUUUCUUCAUUGUAACUGCUCUCGCCAGUGCCAUUCAAGUUUUAGGAACAAUUUUGACUCUUGCUAUGAAAAGUGCAGCUUCUGACUCGACAACCUACAAAGUAACCAACACAGCUCUCCCAUAUGUCAGUGAUGCUUUGUCCCUGAUCCAGCCAACCCUUCUUAUUAUUUUCUGUAAAGGAAUUCGAAAACACGUCGCACAUCUUAUGGUUAACAUCUGCAUGCUUCACAAUUGUUUGAUUCCGGCCUCAAUGAGUCGCCUAGAUGUUGCUUCAAACACAUAGGCUCCUACCGGGAACUCAUUAUUAAUCUUACACUUUUAUGUAAUCUCCGCGCCCUUUAAACAUCUCUAGGGAUCCAUGAUUCAAUGAGUAUAAAUUUUUACUCUUUUUUUUUGCAACUUCUCAUUUUGCUCCAAAUUUCUUUAAAUGUGGUUCUUCUUGAUCACUCUGUUCUACUUGAUUCCCUCUAUGAUACUGUACCUCAUCACUGUUUAUGUAAUAAUAAAACAUUGGAAAAAGUUCAA